UAGCAGAGCCGCUAGGUUGGUCUCUGUUUAACCUGAAAGGGGCCGGCGUGGUCCGAUGUGCACUUGAGCUUACUGUGAGAUCGGGUAGGCAAAGGGGCGUGGCUCAGCCGCCUACACCUGAACGGGUGUGGUUGGCUCCGGACUUUGGCCACUGCCUGCCCGCUGCUGGUGCGCCGCCAGUGCGGGCAUGGCCCACGCAUGUUACGGGCGCUGCGCGGUCUUCCUAGUAGCCGCGCUGGUGCUAGACGCGGCUGGGCUGGCGUUGGUGCUGGCGGGCGCCGUGGGACAACCGGCGCUGAACGGGCGCUCUUUCGAGGAUUUCCUGGUACUAAGCGGGGCGUUGUUGCUCUUUCUGUCGCUCCUCUGCUGGCUCUUUUGGUAUUCGGGGAACCUGCGCGGGGUGCCGGCAGAAGAGUUGCCGCGCGGGGCGCCCUCCACCGCCAGCCCAAGCCAAUCCCGCAGCCGGGCGAGCCUCCUGCGCCUGGCUGCCAAGCUCUCUGAGCGCCUAUCCCAGCGGCGCCGACCCGCGCCUGCGCCCUUCUUGCCGCCUGACUUCGGCCCUCCCGCGAAGAGCACGAGAACCGCAGCGGCAGUUUCUGUCCGGGUUGCCGGCCCCCUGGAGCUCAGCCGCCUCCGCCAGGCUGUUCAGCCCGAGCAGGGGAUGACGACGAGGGAAGAGCGGCUGGUAUAAAGCUCUUUCUUUCAGGGCGCAACCCGCCAGGUCAACAUGGGACAGCCACAGCCAUCAUCAUACGCCAAUUCAGAGUGUGUCAUGCUGCCAUUAAUUGGUGGGGCAUCCACAUAGUUGGUCGAUGAGCUUUGUUGUGUUUUUGCCAAAGACUACUCUGCCAAAGCAUUGUACUGCCAGCUCUUUGAAUACUCUUUGCACAGAAAUGGCCCCUACGGUGACUUGAGAAUUUAUCUUCACAAUGGAGUCAGCUGCUCCCUGAGCUGCUGAGAGACUUUUGGUGUGGAAUCUUCAUGGUGGAUUUUCAUAGGCCUGACUGAGUCUUGUACUGUGUUUUCUAUAGUACUCUGUGGUGGUUUCUCUGCCCAAUACGGCUUGCUUUUUUAAAAUCUUGAAGACUAUUGCUGAUCCACAACUGUUAAACUAUGCAAACAAACAUUCCCUUUGGCCUCUCUUCUGUAUGAAGCUUUGGGUAUGACUGCUUUGUGCAAAUGUAUACUUUUUUACAAGAAAAGUGAGGACUGCGGAUAUUUUUAUAAUAAAAUAAUGUAUUUUUAAAAAACCAAA